CUUUUAUGCACACAUUUUCAUUAAAAUUCUCAUUUUUCAAAAGCUUGAUCUACUACAGAUAUGUGUAUUUAUUUCAGAUCAGGAUAGUUAACUUUCAUGCUAAACUAAAUGAUGGUGAUAUCAGUGGAAUCAGUGACAUGUUCACUCAAUUCAAUAUGGAACAGUUGGACAAAGUGAAUACAGAUGUUACUGAAAAAUUGUACAUUAAUUAUCGUGUUAAAACAGAACAAGCUGGUCAAUCGGAAAUGGAGGCAUGCACACAUUCCCUUUCAGUGAGUAAUAAUCUUGACGAGUUUUCGUCUCACUUUGAAAAGGAUUUAAGCAAUUACUUAAGUCGACUGUCAAAAACCGGGAACUAUACGUUCUACUCUGAAGAUGAUGUAUCAAAUCUGAUUAAUUACUUGGAGUCAUUCCUGGGGCCUCCUCAAACAUCGUAUGCAGCCAAUCGUGAUAUGGUACAUUCUAAUCCAGGACUACAUCUUAUAUUGUUGUUGAACAUUCCAAAAGCAACCACCUCAUAUCAGGCUGACUGUACAUUACCUUUGAGGUUUCAUAUCGAAUCAUCUUCAUCUGUGGAAAUCACCGACUAUGCACUUGUACCUCAAUGGGGUGGUCUACUAUCUAUUGAUGCUGCUGAUUGCCAAUCGAAAAAUGGUGAAGCCAGCUUGAUUGCACAAAAAAUGAUAUACACGAUACGCUCAAUAUUAGGGUUUCCACAAAUCAGAGAAAUGACUUUUGAUCAAGGCACUGACAAUCAAGCCUAUUAUUAUAUUCAGUCUGAUAUGGAUCUGAAUGGUAAAACAACCAAUUGGUUGGAUGACCAAAAGUACGGGAUCUAUACACCCUUAUUUGUUCCAAUCGGCUUCGCUUUAUUUCUAUCCACACUACGAGCGUUCAAAGUCAUAUUCCGUGGCGGGAAAACAUAGGAUGUGUAUUUACUUCUUUAUUUUGU